AAACACUGCCAAGUUCUUCCCACUCAUCAUCUCAAAAGCCAUCCAACGGUCCAAAAUUCACUGCAAACACUAUCCCCAUAAAAUAUAUUUCCACUAUACAUAAUCUACCUAGCUCCAGCAUCAUUUCAAAAGAACAAGGGAAGAAAACUUGUCUAAGCUUAAGUGACAAUGGCUUCUCUGCUAAUUUCCUUUGCUCCUUCAACUACAAGGGUUUUCGCAGCAACAGCGGCAAAAGGUGCCGGUGGAAGCAAAGAAGAGAAAGGGCUUUUUGAUUGGAUUCUUGGGCAAUUGCAGAAGGAGGAGCAGUUCUAUGAAACUGAUCCCAUCCUCCAGAAAGUUGAAGGAAAGAAUGAUGAUGGCACUAGCAGUGGCCGCAAGAACUCUGUUUCUGUCCCACAGAAGAAGAAGGGUGGUGGCUUUGGGGGACUUUUCGCCAAGAAAUGAAGUAUAAUCCGAUCAUCUGGGGGUCUCAUUGGUUUGGAAUUAUUCCCGUUUUGUAUCUUGUACUCUUGGAACCUUACUUGAUUCUUGAACACUAAGCUGUUAUUAAUUUCCUUAAAUGCACACUACCUUUUUCUCAAUAUAUUCUAUUAAAUUAUGAAUUCA